CGUUCCGCCGAGCCUAGCGCCACAGGCAGGGCCAGCAUGGUCCGUGCAAACCUGAGCGAGUAACGCACCUGCACGGCGCUGGCAAAGGCCAAGCCGCCGCUGCCAACCCGACUGACAAACGCCGCCACACCACUAAACCCAGGCAGCCAGGGCAGACCUAUUCAUCCCAACGAUGAAUGGCACAUUCCUAAUGAAUAGUGCCGCCGUUUAACUAGCGAUCCCGCUACUAAAUGCAACCCUCUUAAUAACAGCUCCAUUGCGGUGUCAAUGCGAUGCUCAGGAAAGUGGCAGUGGCAGCCGCCUCCAAACCGCACGUGGAGAUCCGCCAGGAUGGGGACCAGUUCUACAUCAAAACGUCUACCACCGUCCGCACCACUGAGAUCAACUUCAAAGUAGGGGAGAGCUUCGAAGAGGAGACUGUGGAUGGCAGAAAAUGCAGGAGUUUAGCCACUUGGGAGAAUGAAAACAAGAUCUAUUGCAAACAAACUCUUAUUGAGGGAGAGGGCCCUAAAACAUAUUGGACUCGGGAAUUAGCUAACGAUGAGCUGAUUUUGACUUUUGGUGCCGAUGAUGUUGUGUGCACAAGAAUUUAUGUAAGAGAAUGAAGAACACCAAUUGACUUGUCACCUGGGAUGGAGUGGAGGAUUAAGAGGCAGCCGUUGUGAGAAAUCCUGCAUAAUGAAUAUCUAUGUGUACUGUUACUAAUGCAGCAUUGUAUGUGACCACGUGUGUCAUAUCAGAAUCCCUAUCUGCUGUUAAGUGUAUUUUGCUUUUGUUUUGCAUAACAAACACUGUUCCUUUUGAUUCUUAUGCCAUCGCUUUUCUGUCUACUUUGUAUUUUGUAGUUACAAAUUUGUAUCAGUUAUUAAAUUUAUUGGGCAUAACUCACA